CGUCACUGUAGAGUGUAGAGAUCAUGAAACGACAGCGGACAGUCGCGUAUCUCACAAAAAACGUUAUACAUAUUGCCUGUAUAUGUUUACAAUAUUAGUGGCUAAGAGAAUUCCAGAAUAAAAGAAAAAAAAUUACAGAAGCACAGGAAGACAAAUGCAAGAAGGAUACAAUUACGAAGGAAAGACGAAAGAGGAAGAGAGAAUAAAAAAAAGGAAAAAAGAAAAAUAGAAAUUUAUUAAGCAUUACAAGUUGUCUAUAUAGUCUCUAUAUUAUUAAGCAUGUUUUAUCUAUAUUAUUUCAAAAUAAUUAAUAUUUUUAAUAUUGUUAAAGAUUGUGCGCGUUAUGCAAGGUAAUUGCGAAAUUAUUUAGGGCCUAAAAUGCCCCUUCGUCUCUAUAUGAACAAUGUAGGUGGGUAAAAAAUGUUUAUAGUUACAUCACUGCCGCGCAAUGAUAAAUAAUGGUACGAUACUACGAUGUAUCUCAACUCGACCUGCAGAUUCUGACUCGACCAUGCAUAUUAUUAUAUACUCGAGAACGCGUGAGAACACGUCGAUCUCUCACUUCCUCUUCGUCUCUCUUGUGAAUAAAUCUGUUCAUUAAUCGAAUAAAUAUAAUAACGUACGCCAAAAGCAACUCGCAGAAAUUUGUGUGUGCGCGCAUCCUCGAUGAAACUGGAAUAUUAAAAUAUGAACGAGACAAUCGAUGAUUCUCAAAUGCUCCCAGUUGUGGCUGCGGUAGGAACGGUAGCAGUUAUAGGAGUAGCACUUAAAAUAUAUAAGUUCUGGAGUGACAAGAAGAAAUCUUCGCCGAUACUACUGGUUGAUCCAGUAGUUAAGUAUAGUCUACCUCUAAUUCAAAAGGACAUAAUAAGUCACGAUACCAGGAGGUUUAGAUUUGGAUUACCAACGUCAAAUCAUGUCCUGGGUCUGCCGAUCGGUCAACAUGUACAUUUAACAGCAAAAAUUGGAGAGGAGGUUGUGAUACGUUCGUAUACGCCUGUAUCAAGUGAUGAUAAUCAAGGCUACGUUGAUUUGGUCAUCAAGGUAUACUUCAAAAAUGUGCAUCCAAAGUUCCCCGAAGGGGGAAAAAUGUCUCAAUAUUUGGAAAAUAUGAAUAUAGGGGAUACCAUCGACUUUAGAGGUCCAUCUGGUAGAUUGAUUUACAAAGGACAGGGAAAGGUCACUAUAAAACUUCUUAGGAAGGAACCACCCGUGGAAUAUAACGUUAAAAAGAUGGUUAUGCUCGCUGGUGGUACUGGCAUCACGCCGAUGUUGCAGCUAAUUCGUGCGAUAAUAAAAGAUCCUACGGACGAAACUCAAACCUCUUUGCUGUUCGCCAAUCAGACAGAAAAAGACAUCUUGUUACGAGAUGAAUUAGAUGAAAUCGCCAAAAAAUAUCCGAAUAAAUUAAAACUUUGGUAUACCGUAGAUUCAAGUAGCGAAGGAUGGCCUUACAGUACAGGAUAUAUAAGCACCGAUAUGAUUGAAAAACAUAUGUUUCCACCGUCAUCUGAUACUAUCGUAUUGAUGUGCGGGCCACCUCCGAUGAUCAAUUUCGCUUGUACUCCGAAUCUCGAAAAACUUGGCUAUGAUACUAAAUUGCGGUUCGCGUAUUAAUCGAUUUAAUCGAUUACUAAUCAGACAGUUUGUAUCUGGUGGAGAUUUAUAUGCUUUUAGUAAACUACUUCCGUAAAAUUAAAGAUCAGUUUUUCGUUCAACUAAAUGUAUAAUCAGCUUCACAUUAACGAAGAACAUUAAACAAUGUGGUUAUGCCAAUUAGAGAGAAAUAUGUUGGAAGAUUUCCAGCAGAACUUAUUCAUAAAGACACCUCCAACAGUAUUGAUUAUUAUAUAAGUAUACAGUUGUAAACUUACAAUAUAAUCAACGAAAUGCAGCCAUAUUAGUAGCGUAUGGUGUGACCACUGUUCCACGUAAUGUAAGAAUGUUUAUCCAUAAAAAAUAUUUAAAAGACACGCCAGUCUUGUUCUUUUUUUUUGCUUUUUUUUUAAAUUGAGACACAGGCUGUGAUUGGCGAAUGACAAGUAAUUAUAGAGCUUAAUUUAAGAAAAAUGGAAUUACAAAUCAAAUGCAUGUGAAAUGAAUAUUUGCCUUAUCACUAAUUGUAAGAUAUACUUUAUUCAAUCUUGUAUCUGCAUAUUAUAAAUAUGAUCUGUGUAUAAAAUAGAUGAGUAAAGUAUAUUACUAGUGUAUAUGCGUGGAAUAUUCUAUAAAGUAUUGUAUCUCAAAGCAUUUAUUAACAUUGAAUCCAUUGUAAUGUUGUACAAAAGUUUAAAUACAUACAGAUGUGCUUCUCA